AUGAGCAGAAUGCUGACUAGAUUGGUGUGUAGAGCGUCUGCACUCAGGCGUUCAAAUGUAAUCCAGACACUGCAAUCCAUUACUACAGUUUAUACACAGCGUAUGGCAUUUACAACCAUGAAAGAAGUGCCUGAAGUUGCACAUGUCAUACAAUCCCAUCCAGCCAACGACCCAUCGACCAUGAAAUCUGCAUUAACAUCCAUAAAUCCAUCCAAAGAUAUUUUGGCUGUCAAAGAGCCAAUAUCUUCUUUAGCUAAACAUUUAAUUGACUCGAUCAAGGCAAGCAGAAUGAUUUAA